AUGACUCGGGUGAGUAGUGAGAGACUUGGCUACAUGCACCCGCGCGUUGCAAAACUCUAUCUCGAGUUUAUGAUGCUCGCCCCUGCACUCACUUGCAGGCGUGAAAACACACGUGCACCAGAGGCAACUGCCGCCGCCGCAGCAGCAGGAGGAGUGGGCGUAGCCAGGUUAGCACACGCGUUGGUCUCUACGUCGGCAUACCGCGCGAUGGUGCAAGAAGGAUUUGCCGCUCCUCCGCAUGUGAAGCCAGGCACGCCGGAGUUCGCGCGUCGUCUCGCACGCGGCCGAUGGGCACUUCGGCAGCUGCAGGACAUCAUUGUUGUGAAGAAGUACCGUGCGAUGCACAAACGCUAUGACUGGUCGAACGAGAAGAGCACUGAGGAACUGGUUGGGAGCUUUGGGGAGGCUAAGGCACGGGAGAUAAUGAUGGGCUUCGGGAACCGCGAUGUUUAUGGGUACAACGAACCGGUCGAUGGAGACGACGAAGCGAGUGUGCCACCGGGGCGUGGCAGUGGCUGCCUGUGA